UACACGUUUUCUCCCAGCAUACACAGGAUGUGAAGCACACACAUACACUGAUAAACGAUCGAACCCCAUCGCUGUCAAAUUUUCGUUUCAUUUUUAUAAGCGCAAUGUCCAAUCGUUAGGGAUGAGCUUAUCUAGUUACUUUACCCAUUUUGAGAAAUUGUGUCACUUUGCCAAAAAAGGUGGUGUUCUGUUGUUUUUGUCUAAUUAGCCUUUCGUUCUCUAGCAACAAGCUAGCCCGCAUCGUUAGAAGCAAUAUUUGGUAUAAAUAUCUCGCUUAAAGGGAGCUAAAAAUGGAUUUGUUGGGAUCAAUAUUAGGUUCCAUGGAUAAACCACCAGCAAAAGACAUAAAUAAAACACAGAUGUACGAAAAACAACGAAAGCAGUACGAAGCUGAAAAAAAUAAGCAACGUGAAGAAUUGAACCGCUUUCGAUCAUAUGUGGAAGAGCGCCUAGGGCGUUUCAUAAAAGAUGAUAAUCGGUGUUACAUGGAAUUUCAGCCGCUGGACCAAGUGUACCGAUCCAUAGUUCACGACAUUUCCGAAACAGCUGGACUUUUCGGAAUGAGUUUUGGAACGGAGGAAGACCGAUACGUAGUGGUCUACAAGAAGGAGCACUUGCCGAGCGAAGAUGAGGUGCAGGCGCGGAAGAAUGGAGAAACUUGGAAUAAAGAAACAGCAAAACAGUAUGCAGAACGUAGCAAAAUGCUGCGGUCAAAAUCGCUGGACUGCAAAGAUGAUAACGAUACGAAAACCACUUGCAUAAAACCAGCUUCAGAUUAUAAUAAAAAGUACAUGCACAUUUUUGGUAAUGAUGCAACUCUAGACGCAGCAAGAAAAACUGAAGUCAACAGAAGUUACGGAUAUGUACCAAGCGCGAACAAGAAGGAUGUGCGAUCCAUUGAGCAAACGAUGGCAGACAUUUCAGCAAAGAAACGGCUCAAAACUCAACAUCCGGAGCACCCUGUUUAAUAAUAGAAAACAUUGAAAAGCUUCAACUUCGAAAACGACAGUACACGUUAGCUAAAUAGAAGAAGCGAUAAUAGUACUGAUGAUAGAAUAAUACUUCUUGUAGUUUAACGCCAUAACUUUAACAAAUCGCAGUUAAAUAAUAGUAUAUAUUUGCGUAGAAUAUAAAGGUAGUUCUAGCAUACUGUAUUCUCAACAAUCAUUUCUCGGAAAACAAAUAUGACUUAAAGUUGUUAUUUAAAUAGGGUAAACAUUUAAUAAUGGUAGGCAAUUUUAUAAAGCAAUCUGUGCAAACAAAAUAACCGUUGUACAAAUGUGGAGCAAAACAGCAUGUUGUUGAUAUUGCUGCGUAUAUGCAAACCAGUACCAGUACUACUCUGGAUAAAUCCUGUAUCACGUAUUUACAUUCAGUGAAUAAAACUGGUACUUAGACAUAUCUUUCCUUGCUGGAGUAUUGCUAUCGGUU